AUAAUUGACUGGUGAUAACAUAAUGGAUGAGUCACAUCGAUCAGUGUAAUACGCAACAAACAACGGCAGAUUAAUGACGCAGAUUUCAGCUGAUGGAACAGAUAGACAUGUAAUCUUGGGUCAUAUUACACUGUUGCUACAUACGCAUGCAAGCCUUGUCCAUGUGUUGAGAGAUUCAUUCCGAAAGGCCAUUGAUCUGUGAUGAUUCUUGCUAAGCAAUUAGUCCUGUUCGAGUUCUCCGCUGCACACUGAUUGUACAAUGGAAUCUAUAGGUACGAGCUUGUUUCUUGAAUGCAGUCGAAGGCGAUGAUACAUAGGUCUUUGCACAGUCUGGGUACAAGAUGAAGCGUACGUCAUCUGGGUCUGCUGCCCAUGAGCAGGAGGUAGCUUCCAAUCGAAGGAACCCUCCAACUAGACUGAGUCAAGCUGCUGAGAGUAUGGCUCACAGGAGACCACCUCUGCUCCUCAAUACCUCACAGUCGUCGUCAUCAUCGUCGGACUCGGCCGACUCGCCCGUCAUUGAUGGUACCCCUCCUGUCAAUCAAGAGAGGAAUGUUCCAGACUUCGAAUUUGAUAGGACAAGAAUGACAAGUGGUCCGGCAAUGCCAGGGUAUACUGGACCUCGUCACCGUCAAGGGACAAGUCGCACAAUGACUCCUAUGGACUUUGCUAGUAAUUUGAGGAAUGGUUCUGUGCAUCACAGCAGACAGAUGGCUUCUUCAUCUCCAGCUAGUCCUACUCCUAACCUCAGAAUACCUCACCUGGCAAAUGUUCCCGUGACGAACCAACGUACCAUGCUUCAUGCCAGGCGCAUGAUGGAGCGUCGCACUUCACCGCCGUCCAGUGACGACAACUCUUCUCUUGCAUCUGCAGCUGAAGGGAUUAUUGCAGCCGAGGGGAUAAUGGCAGCUGAGUCAGCAGCAUUGACAUCGCUCCAAUUGCGGAUACCAGGAUUGCCUUCCUCAUCGGGAUAUCCGUCUCCUACCACCUUCAUCUCCUCAGAAACCUAUCCUUACCCCUACCCCAACAUGACUACUUUAUCAUCAACCCUGUCUCCAUCCUCCUCCACCACCUCCUCAUUCCCUAGAGACCAAACCCAGUCCUCACAAACUGUUCCUUUGAGAAAUGGGCCAGGUUCCUCCAAGCAUACUGCUGGUACAUCCACUCUGAAGCGAGCUGGUCCUUAUUUGCUGGGGCCAAGGCUUGGCACAUCACCUGUCCGAAGCAUUGUCCAAUGUUUAGCCAGGAAGGAUGGCAGCGAUGACUUUUAUUCUUUAAAGAUUCUGACUUUGUCUGAGAGUGGACGAGAGAAUCAGGAUGAAAGACAAGGGAAAAUGCUCCUACACACAGAAUACUCCUUGCUAUCUUUGCUAAGAGAUCAAGAAGGGGUUGUACACCAUCAUGGACUCUUUCAGGACCGUGCCUAUGAGAUCAGACCCGAUGCAUCCAGUAGUGGAAGAAAGACGUCUUACAAGAAGAGGCUGUGUCUUGUCUUGGACUGUUUGGUGUCACAUGACUUCAGCAGUCGGACGGUGGACCUUGUUAAUCUCCAACAUCAUGUGAUUCAUGAGAAGAAGUUAAGUGAGAAGGAGGCCGUCUAUAUCUUUCAUGAUGUAGUCAGUAUCGUGGAGAGUCUACAUAAGAAAAACAUUGUUCACCGUGAUCUGAAAUUGGGCAACAUGGUACUCAACUGCCACACACGCAAGAUAACUCUCACCAACUUCUGCCUCGGCAAACACCUUGUCAGUGAGCAUGACCUCCUCAAGGACCAACGAGGGAGCCCUGCUUAUAUCAGCCCAGAUGUAUUGAGUGGGAAACCAUACUUGGGUAAGCCGAGUGACAUGUGGGCAUUGGGUGUUGUACUCUUCACCAUGCUGUAUGGUCAGUUUCCAUUCUAUGAUAGCGCCCCCCAGGAACUCUUCAGGAAGAUCAAGGCAGCAGAGUUCACCAUUCCUCAAGAUGGGCGUGUAUCUGAGAAUACAACAAGUCUUAUCAAGAGUUUGUUAGUCUUGGAUGCUUCUACCAGACUUACUGCAUCACAGGUCAUAGAGUCAGUCAAAACUACAUUAGCCAUGUGGAAAUCAAUGGCAAUGCAAGGUGAGCAACUUCAGGUAGUUCCUGACAUCGACCAUGGCGACAGCGACUCUCCGGUCACCAAGAAACCAUGCGAUUCUUCAGCGACGGCUGCGGCAUCCUCGUGCAGUAAGGCCAUCCCUGCUGAUUGGGAACUAAAGCUGCAUCCGAAGUCCCAGCCAUCUCCCGUCGUCACCAGCUACAGGGCUCCAAGGUCUCCCCUCUCGGCCCAUCGCCAUCCUCCGGUGAGGCAGUUCAGUCACGAUGCCCAACCCCUCUCGGCAUCAGAGGCAGCUAUCUUCUUCAAUGCUCGGUCAUGACAUCGUUUCUGAGGCCAUCCUCUCAUCUUUUGUUGAACUAUGAAGCACAUUUGCCCAAAUUAUCAUCCUCCAUUGAUACAGCUCAGUGAUGAUAUGCAGCGUCUUUUUGAAACAGAGGCAGCAAUCUUCUUCAAUGCUUAGUCAUGAAAUUGCUUCUGAUUCCAAGUUCUCUUCAUUCUGUGCAUUGAAAUAGGAAGUGCAUUUGCCCAAAUCAUCAUCAUCAUCCACCAUUGAGGAGCUCAGCGAUGAUUGCGCAGUGUGUUUCGAAAGCAGGGAUUGCCAUCUUCUCAAUUUCUUGGUCAAGAUAAUUGUUCUUUUGCAUUUAAUGUAUCUUGUGCUAUGGAACAUUUUGGCCCCAAGCAGACACCUCAGUGGUAAUGUACAUUGCCUCUUGGCAGCAUUGGGAGCCAUCUUCUAAAAUUCUCGGUCUUUUUGAUAAUUAUUUCACUCAUUUUUGCAUUUAAAGGUAUUGUUUAACUUUGUGAGCAGCAGAUUUAAAAAAAUUCUCAAACCAAGAUGAAACAUGUGUACAAGUGCAUGUAUUAGAACUAAUAAACCCUGAAAACAACCAUUAUUGAGAAUGAAAAGCUAAAACUACAAGGCAAACCCCGAUUUUGUAAAUAGGCGUCUUAUAGACGCCUAAAUAGUACACAUAAGUGUAUGGGAUGAAAUUAAGAUGGUGUUUUCGGUCACUUUAUAUUUCAAUUUUUGAAGCACUAAAUAAUUAUUUUCAAACGCAAUUUUUUCUGGGCUUCAUUUUUGUAAACAUAUCACAGACACAGGUGACAAGUGUGACCUUCUAGCUCAGAUUUUUAAAAAGUCAAACCAAUGUUAACCAAUCACUUUAAUGCAUCUUGUGCUCUGAAACAUGUUGGCUUUGAGCUGCUCCUUGCAGAAAAUUGCUCCUCAUACUUUGUCAGUUUUGCCACAGUUCAGAUUUAAAAUGAUAUAAUUAUGAUUACAAAUUCCAAAUUUUCACCUACAUUAUACUAUUGCUUACCAUAAUUCCCAACUUGAUAUGUAUGUUGAUCGUCCUUUAAAAGACUAGGUCCUUGUCACAAAGAUAUACAAUCAAUAUUUGCAAUCUAUUGCAAUCAUCAAUUUUAUAAUUGAUUAUAUAGUUUGUGAUACAGGGCCUUAAAUUUCAGUCCAGCGACAUUGAAUACAUCAUGGAAUUUUUAAUAUGCAAGCAAAUUAAGGAAAUAUAUUAUUCACACCUUUUGCCCCACUUUAUUCUUUUUGAUCAUAUCAUUUUUCAUAUCCCAGUUCAUGGCUUAAACAGAGUGUGCAUACUUUCAGUAUUAUAUCUCUCUCACUAUAUACACUAUUCCUGUAUAUACAUCUCAAGAUCUGAUUAUAUGAUAUAUUUUCCUUGAUCAUUUUCAUGUUUUUGUGUAUGAAAUUGAAAAUUUGUGAUAGGAAUUUAUGCAUGUUACAUCUUUAUGUUCUUGUUUCCCCCUAUGAUUAAAUGAAUUUAUAUUCGCAGUCAAACUUAAAAUAGAAAUUUUGUGUAGAUCAUGUCUUUUGCUUUAUAUGUAGAUGCAUACAAAGUCAAUGUUUUGUAUAUUCUUUGUUUUUAUGUUUUUUUAUGUAGUGUGGUUUUGUUGCGCUCAUUUUAGUUUCCUUUUAUAUUGUAUCAAUUAAGUUUUUUGAUACAUUCCUUAAAUUGUAUUAUAUCAUGAAAUAUGAAAUCUGUAAAUGUGAAAUAUGAAUGCAAAAAGCAAGAUGAAUUGAAAUGGAUCUCUGAAUAGAGCUAUCCUAUGGUCAUCUUACUUUUUCAAUUCUUUCAAAUAUUUUCAAGCCAGUAUAUAUUUAAUAAGACUGAAUUUUAUUUUGACUAUUCGUUAACAUCUCAUGAGGAAAGGUUGUUCUGCUUGGUCAGAAUUCCUAGUCAGCAAUUAGUAACCACCUACUCUCACAUUUUGAGAGGUGAUUGAACAGAAAAUCACAAUAUAUGGUUUGACAUGAAAUAGGAUUUGAUACAAUUAUGCCUUAAAAUCCAUUAAAAGGUAUUUUUAUCUUUGAUAUAGGAGAAGAAAUACUAUUAUUGAUUAUUUUUGUUUUGGCAUCUGGCAAGAGCGAAGAGUUGACUGUGACCUACGAGUCUCUCCUCACAAUACAUUUAUAACUGACUGGGGUGUGCAGGUGGACCACUACACCAACGUUUAUCCCAUAGGUCAGUGGGUUCUUAACAUGUAGACCUGAUGAUUCUUCUCUUCACAGGACCUCCAUUUAACAUCCUAUCUGAGGGACAGAGUGUUUGCUAUAUUGAAAUCUAAUCCUAUUUAUUAGUAAUAAUGGUUAUUUCCCAUAAUGAGUGGUCUCAGAACACAUGGAUUGGUAUUUUACAUUGUACACUUGUUUUUGCACAUGAAUGUUAAGUCUAAAUAUAAUGUUCAAAUUGCAAUGGUAUUUGUAUUUUGUGGUUUCCAUGAUAUCACUCUUAAACUGAAUUAAGAAUACACUUGGUAGUAGAACCAACAUGUUAGAAUCUUAUUUGAAUGUUCAGAGUAUCUCACCACCCAUGAGAAAUUCUAUAGUAUAUUUGUUUAUUCCUACAGGGAAUAAUGAAGGCUAAAGUGAUAGUAAAAGCACAAUAUAUUACAAAAAAAAUAUGCAAUUCAGUAGAGUCAUUUUCAGUGAUGCAGUGGACAUUUAGGACAUGAUAAGUCACUAGUAGUUUCACAAUUAUUCAUAAUUGGCCACUAGUAGCUUCACAAUCUGGCUUUAAAUGACAAAAUAUUUUAACAAAUAUUCAAAUUCUUUCACACCUUAUACCAGAAUAGCAUAUUUGAUAUUCAUUCACAGGCAAUAAAACACAGAUAAUUAACUCAAAACAAUAUAAAAAUGUGAAAUGCGAACAUAAAAUACUACAAAUGAAUUGUUGCAAAGGAACAUAAUGCUCCGAAUCUGUUUCUAGGAACUUUAUCUUAAAACCUAAAGUCAAUCAUCAAUAAUUUCUGUAACAUUACUCUUUGCCAAUUAGAUUCCAUCAUGAUUUUUUUACAGUUAUUUUUUUUUCUUUUUUUUAAUUAUAAGUAUACAGAGUUUUAUGAAAUAAGAUCCUGAUUUUGAAAUGCAAAUUUUAAGAUGAAGAUCGGCAUGCAAAAUGAUGAAGUAAAUGAAUUGUGGAAUGUUAAUUCUUAAAAAUUGUUUGCAAAUCUGUCUAUUCAUAUUCACCUGAUAGUAUGUAGAUUUGAAUGACUAUUUAUUACUGAUACAAAUGAAUUCAUUGAUAAGAGCUGAAAUUGAUAGUUAUAUUGAAUAGUAAAUGUAUUAUCAAAGAGUAUUGUAUUAUAUUUAUAUAGUAAAAUUGCUUAGUUUUGUACUAAUAUGAAUAAUUAGAUGGUGAAUGAGGUAAUAAGCUGCUAAUUAAUUCUUAUGGGUACAAUGCUUUGGCAGAUGUAGGAUAAUGAAGUUUUUUUUUUUUCUGUGACAAUUGCUUGUUUUAUUUUAUCACAAGUAAAAGUUCAUGUUUGGGGUUUGCCAUUGGAUUUGAAGUAUGGCGUACCUUGAUUUUAGAUUGGGGUUUUAGUUAAAAUUUAUUUCUGGUUGUUAAUUUCAAUUUAUUGAGGAAGCUUGAUUGUGAAAGGCUGUUCAUGAUGUAAGAAUUGGUGUUUGCUCAAUUUGCUGUCAAGCAUCAGUAUCAUAAUAAAAUGAUAACAAGUAGACUCAAUUCUUAUGAAAGUCACAUACAGCAUGUACUGCACAGUGCACACACAGAUAAGCAUGGGUGGGACCGCACCCAAAUCGUAGGCCGUCAACAGUUUCAGCUGUUAUUUGUAAUUUGGGAAUAUAAUGGCUUGUAGAACAAUCACUUGCAGUGGCCCAUUUUCUUGUGAUAUUUUUACCAAUUAUCAUGGAAAUGGUUUAAAGGCUCACAAACAUCAUUUCCAUUUUCAUAACUGUCUUUUAUCUUUAACAUCAAAAUUUAGGAUUAAUGUUAUUUAGAAUCAUUCUACAAUCUUGAGCCAAUGGUUGAAGUAAGGAGUUACAAUGUUUAGAUUUGUUUUCUUAUGAGCAUUUGUCACAGGACAAAAGAACAGUUUUGCAGGAGUUAAUGUUGCACAUUAUUGUUGGUAGUGUAUUCAUGUGCCUUUGUAAAAUAUUAUGAUACAAAGAUCAUGUAAUAAAAAAGACUCACAAACUCA